GUAUGUCCCACAUAUGGGUCUUUCCUAGCCGACCCAGGUGAGGUUGAACCAUAAACCUUAUCUUCUCCUAGAAGAAGGCCCAUUCCAUGCAAAUUCAAUCAUUCUCUGUGCAUCCAAAACCAUAUAAAGUCGAUAUAAAGAGAGCAGAAGAAAAAAAGUAUGCAAAAAUUAUUGAAGAGGAGAUGAAGAUGAAAAGUGCUACCAAUGAAGGCUCUAAAAGAAGGUUUCAAUGUAAAGGUCUAGGAGGGUACCUCAAAGAGCAAAGAGGUAGGAUCUACAUAAUAAGAAGAUGUGUUGUUAUGCUUCUCUGCUGGCAUGACUGAAUUUGGUGGCUUUGGACUUGUGCAAUUUGCAAGCUGCUCCUCUUUUUUUUUUUCUUUUUUUUUUUUUUCUGGAGUA